AUGAUCACCAACACUGGAAAAAAUACUUCUACUGAUAUUCAGCAUAACACUAAAGGCCACAAUCACCAUCAACGUCAUCAUCACCAAAGGCUAAAACAAAGAAGUGAACAUUUACAAUUUAACAAGUGCUUAAUUGAUAAAUGUAUUCAAUUAAUUAAAGAUAAUGAUCACAAUAUGUUGGCCUUCAUAGGUAGAACUAAGGGCAUACCGCCCCAAAUAAGAAAUAAAGUAUGGCCAAUAUUAUUGAAAUAUCAUCCUCUAGUUAUUUGUCCUAAUAUUAUGUGCAACACUCUAGAAAUUGCAACAGACGAUACUGCCACCGCUAAUUCUUCCUCAACCGCUUCUACACCAACCAAUAUUACUGUUACUACCACCACUAUUGUCCCUAAUAACAAUAAUAUUAGGGCUACUAAUAGUGCUGGCACCGCUACUAGUUUUGAUGUAAACGGCAAUUGUACCAACAUUACUUCUAAAAGUAAUGCAAGUAGUAACAAUAAAAAAAGUAAUACUGUGACUUCUAUAAAUAAUGAAACUCUUACUUUUACCAGUCAUUUUCCAUCUUUCAGUGACAAGAAAAAUAAAGGCAAAAAAUCAAAGAAUAGUAAUAUUACUAAUGGUAGCAGUAACAACAACAACAACAAUAACAACAACAAUAACAACAAUAACAACGAAAACAAUAACAGCAACAACAAUACCAUAAAUAAGGAUGACCCUUAUCAAUUUAUAAAUUGGAAUUAUCAUAGAGAAACUCGAAGUAUUGAAGAGAUUAGACAACUAAUUAAAUUGGAUUUAAAUAAAUAUUUUUUUAUACACAGAAAUAAUAACGACGAUAGCGGUGGCAACAGUGCCGCCAGCAAUAGCACUAAUGUUGGUACUGAUACCGAAUAUCAAAAAGUGUUGGAAUAUUUGACUAACACAAUCAUCAAGUUUCUUAAUAAAUGGGGGAAAAUAUUUAAAUACGAGAGUGGGUUAGCUUGGUGUAUAUUAGGCUUAGCAGAAUGGGUCUCCCCUUUUGAUAACAACUAUGUGUUGAUGGGUAAAUCAAUGCACGGAACAGGUAGUAGUACUAUUUGCAAUUCUAACAACACUAGUAAUAAUAUUUCCUCCCCUCUUGUUGAAUUGUUCAAAGAGUACCCCGUUAAUAAAGAAAAACAAAGAGUAAUUACUAAAUUACCCACUUUAUUCAAAUUUGAUGAAAUUUAUGAACGUUUGAUGUUAAUUUUAUUGCAUUCCCCAGAUUUUGCAACUAUCAUUCAACAACAAUCUGAAGAAUUGAAUCAAGAGGAUGUUUAUUAUUAUCCCAUUAUUAGCGGCGGCGAUUUAGACUUUAACAAUUCACUUUUCUUCAAAAUAUUCGCCAAAGUUUUGCCUGAAUUAUAUCAGCCAUUUAUGGAUCAAAAUUCCAUUACCACUAUGAGAUCAUCUAAUAAAAAUGAUUGGUUAUAUUAUUGGAUAAAGUUUUGUGGAGCAAGAGUUUUCAAUAAAGUAGAUAGAGGCAGAAUGUGGGAUAUUAUGUUAAGCUGGAGACCUAAUCCAACGAACCUAGACUACUAUUUAAAAUAUAAUGACUCAAAGGAGUUUGGCCACUUUUAUAAUAAUGAAGUGAAAAAUACUGGUAACAAUGGUAGUGGUAAUGUAAUAAGUAACGUGGAUUUAUUUAACAAAUGUUUUAAAAAUUGUGAAAAUGAUGAUAACUUUUGGUUUCCAGAUUUAGCUACGUUCAAGUUAGAUAAGAAGACCAUGGACUUUGAUAUUUUUAAAAAAUUAAUAAAGAAGAAUACGUACGGGGAGGAAGAAGAAGAGGAGGAGGAGGAGGAGGAAAAAGAAGGAGAAAGACUUCAACCUCACGGAACAAAAAAUGAGGAAAAAAGAAAUAAUAAUGGAACUAUCUGUAAUAGUAAGAAAAAUAAAAUUUAUAAAAUUCCAUUUUCUUUACUAGAUAUUCACACACAACAGCUAUUUAUAUACAUGGCUAUAUUACAAAAAAACGAGUUCAAGUUAUUGGAAUUCGAAGAAGCUGAAAUGCUAGAAUUUUUAAAUAAUGUUCCUAUGUUAUCUAGGGAUGACGAUCUACUGUACAAAAAAAUAUACUCCGGUCCAAGCAACAUAGGUGGUAAUACUAAUACUACUCAUAACAGCAAUCUUUCAUCAUCAUCUUUAGUGGGAUCUCCAAUUGUUAAUAACAAUAACAAUACCUUUUCUGUUUUGAGUAAUUCUAAUAGAAAUCCAUCCACACCCUCAUCUACUUCGUCGUCGAGGACAUCUACAAGACCACCAAGCCCAGUCCAUUCAUUAGCCUCAACUAUUUCUACUGCUUCAUUAACACCUGCAAAUAAUACAACAAACGGUAAUAAUAAUAAUAAUAAUAAUUCUAGUGCUCAUUCUAACACACCUGUUAAGAAUAUAAAUGGUACUACAGAAAUUGGAAGUAAAAUGAAUAGUAACAAUCACAGCAAGAAAUUUAAAGUUGGUACAGACGAAAAGACUUCCAUUUCCUUUGAUGAUACUUAUAAGUUAGCAGGUGAUAUCUGGAGGAAAUGGAUUUGGAAGGAUCUAGAACAAAACGACAUCUAG